UCACGUACAAAUCACACGUGAAAUUCAGGGAGUCGUGUGUGAAAAUGUGUGAAAUAUAAAACGUGAAGUGUCUAUAUCUCACAAGUGAAUCAUGAAUCAUCUGAUUAUUCGCGUGACAUUUCCGUACAGGAUUUAUUUGUUGUAUGUUUUUUAAAAAGCAAACAGAUAAAUAAAUAAAAACAUUCAAAAAGGAUCGAUCGGUCCGGGUGAAGCGGCUCGGUACUGCUGCCCUCGGCACACGGGGGAGGGUCGAGUUUCACUGAAGACACGGUGAGAGAGAGAUGGAGUGAUGAAGAGCGAGACGGACAGAGAGAGAGAGAGAGAGAGAGAGAUGGAGGGAUGGCCAGCCUCCUGUCACCUCUCCCUUACUUGCACUUCCUUUCUUAGAGGCUCUUCUCCUACAUUUAUAACAUCCGUCACCAUCUUCCACUGAGUCUUCACCUCCUGAUGGCCGUCGGAGUGAGUAUGUGUGUGUGUGUGUGUGUGUGUGUGUGUGUGUUUUGGAUUAAUUAAGGACUGACUCCUAGUUCUGAAAUAUCUUAGCGAAUACUCUGGUGUCCUUCUUCUUCUUCUUCUUCUGCUUAAGAUCUGACAUGUGGACGCUCGUGACAGUGUUGAUCGUCGCCUCCGUCGCUCUGCCAGGAUCGUGGUGCAGCAGAUGGACGGUGAGCUUCUCGAGGACGGACAUCUGCACCUGGGCCGGGACCACCGUCAUCCUGCCGUGCCGUUACGACUACCCGUCGCCCUCCAGCGCCACGCGGGUCAUGUGGUUCCACAUUACGGCCGACGGGAAGCGGGAUUUCGCCUACCACACGGAUCCUAACCUGGUCAGUCCGUCCUACAGGGACAGGGUGAAGUAUGUGGGCGGCUACAAGAGGUGCAGCCUGCAGAUCACCUCCAUCAAGCUGAGCGACGGAGGUCAGUAUCACUUCAGGUUCGAGACGGACCACCAGCAGGGGAGAUGGACCUCACCGGACUCCAUCAACCUUUCAGUAACGGAGCUCCAGGUUCAGGUUCAUCCUGCGCGAAUCUCGAACAUGUACGCGUCAGGUGAGACGGUGUUUCUGAGCUGCGUGGCUCGAGGCUGUGCGGCUGCGGGAAAGACCUUCGCCCUCUACAGGAACGGAGUUAACCUGGGCUACUCAGACAAAGUGUCGCCCAUCUAUAACUUCGACACUCAGCACACCGGGACGUACUACUGCAGACCUGUUCCCCCGCAGAACGUCCAGUCUCCCAGCAUCGGCCUGGCUGUGGGAUAUGCUCCGCGUCACACCUCGGUGCUGUCGAGUACACAUGGUCCCCUGACAGAAGGCGACUCCGUGACUCUGACGUGCAGCAGCGAAGGAGCUCCGGAGGUGGAGAGCUUCACCUGGUUCAGAGAGGGCGAGAGCGGCAGCGUUCCCGACAGCUUCAAACCCGAGCUCAAGCUCUGGAGUCUGGACUACCGAGACCACGGAGAGUACUUCUGUAUGGCCCGCAACGCCAUCGGCACCGAGCGCUCCAGACCCGUUCUGGUCAACGUUACCUAUUCUCCCAAGAACACGAACGUCCUAAUCAGUGCCAAAGGUGACAUCAUGGAGGGCCACGCGGUCAACCUGAUUUGCAUCAGCAACGCUAACCCACCAGUGAAGAGAUACACCUGGUACAAGGUCAUCGGAGGUCAACCCUGGGCUAAAGGUUCCUCCCGGAACCUCACCUUCACCAGCGUGCGCUCACACAAUGCCGGGCAGUAUUACUGCACCGUGUGGAACGUUCUGGGAAUGGGAAUGUCUCCACCCGUCACUCUGUCUGUGUUGUAUGCCCCCAAGAACACCUCGGUUUUGGCUCAUCCGUCCAGCGUGAUCGAGGCAGGCGGCUCCUUGACCCUGACCUGCAGCAGUCAGGCGAACCCGGCGGUGGAGAACUACACCUGGCACCGGAUCAAUGCCGCUGACACCUGGGAAACGCGAUCGGGCCAGAGCUACACCAUCGCUGAGGUCAGCACCGGAGCCAGCGGCCAGUACUACUGCGAGGCCCGCAACCGCAUCGGCGUACACAGCUCCCCGGUACUCACCGUCAGGGUGCGAGGUCGGCUGAAGGUCAUCGCUCUGGCAUCUGCAGUUUGUGUUUCUGUAGCACUCAUCACUCUGACGGUCGCCGUCAUGAUCAGUAAGAAUAUGCACCGAGUGGACAGUGAAGCACUGGAAAUAGACAAGCAGCUCGGAUCACCCAUGGAAGUGGACACACUCUUUUAUGAAUGUCCUCAACCAAAUUUUCAGCCCCAAAGCUCAAAGAUGGCAGACAUUCCAGAAGCUGUGGAGAAAACUGAGACAGAUGGGAAAGAUGGCGACGACGGGAAAGUCAAAUACGUCACUGUGCAUUACUCUCGUACAGCAAGACCAAGCUGGGACCAAGUGCAAGUCACAAACCUUCCACAAGAUGGCGCUGAGAAGGAGAUUAAAGACAGACACGGUGUUGUUUAUUCUGUCCUGGCCAAACAGCCGUAACUGCUGGAACUAUGUAACACCACAUGUCCAGUCAUCUUGAGUAACUAAUGAUUCAGUGUUCAACCUGACCUUGUCCAUAUAAUUAUGCCGAGAUAAUAAAAUACUAAACGUGAUUAUAGCAUGUAUCUGUCAUGCUAAUGGAACUAGCCAGAAACACUGCAUACUGUACAUUGUGGCUAGUUAAUGUUCAGAUUUAGCAUAACAUGAUGCCAUGCUAGCUGUGUUUGAUUUACCUAGGACAAAAUAGGUCAUACUACAUCUGCUGUACUGCCAAACCGUUUUCAGAGGUAUAAAUCUAAUCCCUGGUCUAGAUUCAGAUUCUAGAUUAAUGACUCGUGUUAGGGUUAGGGAGGUUAGGGUUAGAGUUAAGGUUAGGGGUUAGGGUUAGAGGGGUUAGGGUUAGGGUUGGGGGGUUAGGGUUAGGGUUAUCACGAAGCUUACCUAAAUCUGUUCUGAAUUCAUCUGAAUCCACUAAGAUGUCUGUUCAGUCUUCAUCUGAGGUUAUAAUUGUGUCAACAGUGAGAAAGCCUAGCUGAUUUUGUCGUCAUUGCUGAAAAUAAGCUGAUAUGAUCACCAUCCUUACGAAGCUCGAUGUACUACUGACGAACAGUAUCAUUCCUCGUAAUUGAUUCGACUGACAUUCUCACUUUCAAUAAAACUAUUCUGUCCAAAACGUCA